AUGGCGGCAGCGAGCGAAAAAAGAUUAGAACACUUGUCUUCACAAUUGCUUGAUAGAAGUCAGCAAACAGUCGGCAUUGAAGGAACCUUAGGCAUUGCUAACGAACUUCUUUGUUUGUUUGGGAAUAUUUUAGUCAUUACAGCCACUUUCAGGAAUCCAAGCCUUCGUCGACAAACCUACAUAUAUAUAAUAUCUAUGGCGAUUAAUGACAUGGUAAUGGCGAUCAUUCCAAUGACACUAGCUUGCUAUGUUAUUAUACGAGGGAAAUGGGAUCUCGGGGAUGGCGUGUGUGAGCUCCAGGGAUACGUAGAAUACAUGUCUAGCAUCGGGACUAUGUUCCUAUUCAGUCUAAUCAGCAUAAACAGGUUUGUUCGUAUUCUCCACCCCAACUACUAUCGUCGCAUUUACACCAACAGGUUUAUUAUUCUUACUAUAGUGAUAUUGUGGGUCUUAGUUGCUGGGAUUGUGGCAUCGUUUGGGUUCACAGCCGGGUUUAAUUUCCAUCCAGGUUUUAUGGUUUGUACAAUGAACCACGAUAAGAUGAACCUAGCACAUUUAGUCAUGUCCAUAGUGGUUUUCUCCGUUAUUCCAUUCGAAGUCACCUGGUAUUGUUAUUAUAAGAUUUGGCGGUUUGUUCAGACGCAUAACGCGAACAUGAACAACUCAGUCAUCAACAGAGACGAGAUCAAGAUCACAAGAACCAUGUUCCUUGUCAUCGUUUCCUUUACAUUCUGCAUGACGCCAUUCUUAGUCGUGACAAUCUACGAAUCAGUUUUCGGGCAGUAUUCCUUAGAUCGUAAGGUUUAUUUUUUCUGCCUUGGUAUGCGAAGCAUGGUGAGCUUUAUCAACCCUUUUAUCUAUGCGGUACUCAACAAGUCAUUUAGAAGUGAGUUUGUAAAGAUUCUUCAUUUAAGACUGACGAGAUCCAAGGCGCGAGUGCAAGUUUUGCUGUUGUCUCAGUUGAAGCAAACCUAA